AAUCUAAUCCUUUUCACAUUCGAGUCGGACCGACCUUGAUUAUCGUAAAAAUGAUAAUUAUGUCGUUCCAAACGUUAAAACCGGUACUAGUUCAUAGUUCAACGACAAAUACGGAAUGUAAACUAAUAUCGUAUACAUCGAUUAUGUUCUAACUCAAUACAUCAAUUACAAAUCGUACCAGUAGUGAUAGAUCAAGUGAAACAACUAUGUAGGAAGUGUAAUUUAAUAUUAAGUUUAUAUUUUUAAAUACUCGCUAUACAUAUUUGAUAACCCUGAGAUAAAUCGUCGUGUCUGUUUAUCUUAACUGAUAUACCUAGUAGUCCGAUAAAUUCCAAAGUUUAAGUACGUGUUUUGCGAAUAAACUAAUUGUGAUUUAAACGUAUAGAAAGAAGCUUCGCAACAUGGCAGUGUUUAGAAAAAUAUUAUUAAACAGAAAAUUAAUUAAUGUUAAAAAUAAAAGUUUGUUUUCGAGAUGUAUCGCAACCGAUUUACACGAGAACAUAUUAAGAAGUGAAACAGAGGAUAUUUCUAUUCCGAAUAUUACAGUGCCAGAAUUGCUCUACGACAAAAUAAGUUGUUACAAUAAGUACACGGCUACGGAAUCGGCUUCUACAGGUCGAAAAUACACGUACGAACAAAUCAGAAUUAAAAGUCGAAAUUUUUCAAAAAGUUUAAGAACGAAAUUUCAAUUAAAAGAUGGCGAUGUUGUCGCUUUAUUUUUACCGAACGUUCCCGAAUUUAUCAUCUGCCUUUUGGGAUCUAUGGAAGCCAGAAUGGUUAUUACAACAAUGAAUCCCAUGUAUACAGCUGAUGAAAUUGCGAGGCAAAUAGAAGACGCGUCCCCGAAAUUAAUCAUUACGCAAUCAAAUUUAGUACCUACAGUUAAAUCCGCUUUGGAUAUAAGUAAAAGAAAAUUCCCCAUUGUUAUUGUGAAAGAAACACAAGCUGAAAGUUUACCGGAACAAACUGUAAACUUUUCGGAAUUGAUAGAUGCGACUAUAGAUAUUCCCGAUAUCCAACCAGGGGAUGCUAACGAAGUAACAUUCAUACCGUAUUCUAGUGGAACGACGGGAUUACCAAAAGGUGUACUUUUAACUCAUAGAAAUCUAGUUUCAAAUAUUCUACAGCUGUCGCAUCCAGAUUUGAGUAACUACACUUCACCUUCAGGAGAUUUCCAAGAUGCGAUACCAGCUGUUUUACCGAUGUAUCAUAUUUAUGGAUUAAUGACGAAUUUCGUUUUUCUACAUCAGGGUAGUAGAAGCAUAGCUAUGGAAAAGUUCACUCCAGAGUCAUAUAUUAACGUGUUGAAAAAUAAUCCAAUUAGUAUGAUUUUUGCUGCACCGCCUUUAGUUUUAUUUCUUGCGUCAUAUCCAGCAGUGAAGCCAGAGUACUUUAACCAUUUAAAAGUGCUAUUUUCCGGAGCUGCACCAUUAGGAAUUUUGGACGAGGAGCGGUUUAUUCAGAAAAUCAAGCGGGAGGUACAAAUCAUUCAAGGUUAUGGUCUUACGGAAUCGUCACCUGCCGUUUCGUUCACUCCUAAAAAUUGUAAAAGAACCGAAAAAAUCGCCGGAAGCAUAGGUAGACCAGUGCCGAAUACAUUAGUUAAAAUCAUCAAUCCCGAUGAUCCAGAAGGAAAACCUUUAGGUCCGAAUCAACAAGGAGAAUUAAUACUCAAAGGGCCACAAGUAAUGAAAGGUUAUUAUAAUCGACCGGAAGAGACAAAAAAUGUAUUUUUAAAUGGUUGGUUACGAACCGGUGACCUGGGAUAUUACAAUGACGAAAAACUUUUAUUCAUAACCGACAGAUUAAAGGAAUUAAUCAAAGUUAGAGGGUUCCAAGUGGCACCAGCUGAAUUGGAAGAAAUUAUACGAGAUCAUCCUGCAGUUGCAGAUGUAGCAGUUAUAGGUAUACCCCAUCCUACGAACGGAGAAGUCCCGAGAGCUUUUGUCGUUCCCAAAAACGAGAAUAGCACGAAUUUAGACGAAAUACAACAAUAUGUAGCUAAUAAAGUGGCUAAAUACAAAAGAUUAGAAGGUGGGAUUGAAAUUGUGAAAAAUAUUCCUAGAAACCCGUCUGGGAAAAUUUUGAGAAGACAAUUGAAGAUUGAAUAUGUCGAAAAACAAAAAUAAAGAUAUUUGCUAUUUCAAAUUGUUUAUAUGAUACGGUUUUAUUAAAAAUGAAAAUAAAUUAAUACAAUCAGAA